AUGGCCGGUCCUCGCAAAUGCCAGGGCACGGACUGCCCCAACCCCGCAGGCACUCUGCAAUGUCCGACAUGUCUGAAGAGCGGCACGGACAGCUUCUUCUGUUCGCAGGACUGUUUCAAGCGAAGCUGGGCUGAACACAAGACCACCCACAAGAAGAGUAAUAUCCUCACCAACCUUUUCCCUCCGAAGGUAGUUUCUGAACCAGAUCCAGCUACCGGCAACUAUAACCCGUACCCAUCCUUCCCUUACAGCGGUUCCUUGCGACCCGUCUACCCUCUCUCCGCCAAGCGAACCAUUCCCAAGUCGAUCCCGCACCCGGACUACGCCCGCGAUGGUAUCCCUCGUUCCGAGCAGAAGCUCAUUGGCCGCCAUAACAUUACUAUCCUGAACAAGGAGGAGCAGGAAGGCAUGCGCAAGGUUUGCCGACUGGCUCGUGAGGUUUUGGAUGCCGCUGCUCGCGAAUUGAAGCCCGGAGUCACGACAGACUACAUUGAUGAGGUUGUCCACAAGGCUUGCAUAGAGCGUGAUUCUUACCCCUCGCCAUUGAACUAUAUGCACUUCCCCAAGUCCGUCUGUACCUCGGUUAACGAGACUAUCUGUCACGGUAUUCCCGACCAAAGACCUCUGGAAGAUGGCGAUAUUGUCAACAUUGAUGUUACUUUGUACCACAAGGGCUUCCACGGAGAUAUCAACGAAACCUACUAUGUUGGGGACAAGUCGCUCGCAAACCCCGACGCUGUUCGCGUGGUGGAAACCGCGCGUGAAUGUCUGGACAAGUCAAUUGACUUGGUCAAGCCUGGGAUGCUUUUCCGUGAUCCCGGAAAUGUAAUCGAGAAGCACGCCAAGAGCCGCAACUGCAGUGUUGUCAAGACCUACUGUGGUCAUGGUAUCAACCAGCUCUUCCACUGCGCACCAAACAUCCCUCACUACGCUAAGAACAAGGCUGUCGGCACUGCGAAGCCCGGUAUGUGCUUCACUAUUGAGCCUAUGAUCAACAUUGGUACCCACCGUGACCGUACCUGGCCCGACGAUUGGACCAGCACCACCCAAGAUGGAUCCCUUUCUGCUCAGUUUGAGCACACUAUGCUGGUAACCGAAGAUGGUGUCGAGGUUCUGACUGCCCGUCUGCCCGACUCACCUGGUGGUCCAGUUCCUAUGCCCUUGGCAUAG